AAUUUUUUUUAAUAUUUAGUUUUUUAAGGAAGGCUCUUGGGCUGUAUUACGUGUCUCGAUAGCCCCGAUCUUUCUACCCGUCCGAAACCAUGCCGAAAGUCGUAAAACAGGAAGGAGAUGAUCCCGAUCCAACUCCAUACCUGUUUGUAUCUCUCGAACAAAAACGUAUCGAUCAAACAAAGCCCUACGAUGCCAAGAAAACAUGCUGGGUGCCGGACGACAAAGAAGGUUUUGUUCUCGGUGAGAUCAAAGCCACCAAAGGUGAUCAAGUCACCGUAACCGUUCCCGGUGGUGAGGACAAAGUCUUCAAGAAAGAACUCGUAACACAAGUCAAUCCACCAAAAUAUGAAAAAGCUGAGGAUAUGUCAAAUUUGACAUACCUUAACGAUGCCUCUGUACUUCAUAAUCUUAAACAGAGAUAUUACCAUAAACUUAUUUACACAUACUCAGGUCUCUUCUGUGUUGCUAUCAACCCUUAUAAGAGAUUCCCUGUAUACACACUUCGUUGUGCUAAAUUAUACCGUGGUAAAAGGCGUAAUGAAGUUCCACCACAUAUUUUCGCUAUUUCUGACGGUGCCUACGUUAACAUGUUAACUAACCAUGAAAAUCAAUCUAUGUUGAUUACUGGUGAAUCUGGUGCCGGUAAAACUGAAAACACGAAGAAAGUAAUUGCUUACUUCGCCACCGUUGGUGCCUCAUCCAAAAAAGACCAAGCUUCUGAAAAGAAGGGAAGUUUAGAAGAUCAAGUCGUACAAACUAACCCUGUACUUGAAGCUUUCGGUAACGCUAAGACCGUGCGUAAUGACAACUCUUCACGUUUCGGUAAAUUCAUCCGUAUUCAUUUCGGUCCAUCUGGUAAAUUGGCUGGUGCUGAUAUUGAAACUUACUUGCUUGAAAAAGCUCGUGUCAUCUCUCAACAAUCUCUUGAACGGUCCUACCACAUUUUCUACCAAAUGAUGUCUGGAUCCGUUGAAGGAUUAAAACCCUUGUGUCUUCUCAGCGACGAUAUCAAAGAUUAUUACUUCGUCUCCCAAGGAAAAACCACAAUUCCCGGUAUGGAUGACGGUGAAGAAUGUCAGCUCACUGACCAAGCCUUCGAUAUUCUUGGUUUCACCAAACAAGAAAAGGAUGAUAUUUACAAGAUCACCGCCGCUGUUAUGCACAUGGGUUCCAUGAAAUUCAAACAACGUGGUCGUGAAGAACAAGCUGAAGCUGAUGGCACAGAGGAUGGUGAAAAAGUUGCUCAACUUUUGGGUGUUGACUGUGGUGAAUUAUACAAAGCUUUACUUAAGCCACGUAUUAAGGUCGGUAAUGAAUUCGUCACCCAAGGUCGUAACAAGGAUCAAGUAGCCUACUCUGUUGGUGCUAUGUCAAAGGGUAUGUUUGAUCGUCUCUUCAAAUUCUUGGUCAAGAAAUGUAACGAAACUCUUGACACCAAACAAAAACGUCAACACUUCAUUGGUGUACUGGAUAUUGCUGGUUUCGAAAUCUUCGACUACAACGGUUUCGAGCAAUUGUGUAUCAACUUUACCAAUGAAAAAUUACAACAAUUCUUUAACCAUCACAUGUUCGUACUUGAACAAGAAGAAUACAAAAAAGAGGGUAUUGACUGGGCCUUCAUCGAUUUUGGAAUGGACUUGUUAGCUUGUAUUGAGCUUAUUGAAAAGCCUAUGGGUAUCUUGUCCAUCCUUGAAGAAGAAUCUAUGUUCCCCAAAGCUACUGACAGAACCUUUGAGGAAAAAUUGAACAACAACCAUUUGGGUAAAUCACCAAACUUCUUGAAACCAAAACCACCAAAACCAGGUCAAGCUGCCGCUCACUUCGCUAUUGGGCAUUAUGCUGGUAAUGUACCAUACAACAUAACCGGUUGGUUAGAAAAGAACAAGGAUCCCUUGAACGACACUGUUGUCGAUUUAUACAAGAAGGGUACAAAUGCACUUUUACGUGAAAUCUUCGCUGAUCAUCCAGGUCAAUCUGGUACAGCUGCUGAAGCUAAAGGAGCUGGUCGUGGUAAGAAGGGUGGUGGUUUCGCCACUGUAUCUUCUGCCUAUAAGGAACAAUUGAACAACUUGAUGACCACUUUGAGAUCAACUCAACCUCACUUCGUCCGUUGUAUCAUCCCCAAUGAAUUGAAACAACCUGGUGUCAUUGACUCACAUCUUGUUAUGCAUCAAUUGACAUGUAACGGUGUACUUGAAGGUAUCCGUAUUUGUCGUAAAGGUUUCCCCAACAGGAUGGUGUACCCAGAUUUCAAACUUCGAUACAAGAUCCUCAACCCUGCCCCCGUAGACAAAGAAUCUGAUAUUAAGAAAGCAGCUGCACUCAUCUUGGAAUCAACUUCUCUUGAUCCUGAUAUGUACCGUUUGGGACACACCAAGGUAUUCUUCCGUGCUGGUGUCUUGGGUCAAAUGGAAGAACUUCGUGAUGAACGUCUUUCUAAGAUCCUUUCUUGGAUGCAAUCAUGGAUUCGUGGUUACCUCUCAAGAAAAGACUUCAUCAAAUUACAAGAACAACGUCUUGCCUUACAAGUUGUACAACGUAACUUGCGCAAAUACUUGCAACUCCGUACCUGGCCAUGGUGGAAAUUGUGGCAAAAGGUCAAACCUCUUCUCAACGUCACCAGAGUCGAGGACGAACUUGCCAAAUUGGAAGAGAAAGCCCAAAAAGCACAAGAAGCUUUUGAACGUGAAGAAAAAGCACGUAAAGAACUUGAAGUACUUCAUGCAAAAUUGUUGGAAGAAAAGACCGCUCUCUUGGGUCAAUUGGCUGGUGAAAAAGGAUCUUUAGGUGAAAUCACCGAAAAGGCUAACAAACUCGCAGCUCAAAAGGCUGACUUAGAAUCACAAUUACAUGAUACUCAAGACCGUCUUACCUCAGAGGAAGAUGCUCGUCAACAACUUGCUCAAGCUAAAAAGAAGUUGGAACAAGAGCUUGCUGGUUUGAAGAAAGAUGUUGAAGAUCUUGAAUUAACUGUUCAAAAAACUGAACAAGACAAAGCCACCAAAGACCAUCAAAUCCGCAAUUUGAAUGAUGAGAUCGCACACCAAGAUGAACUCAUCAACAAAUUGAACAAAGAAAAGAAGAACCAAGGUGAAAUUAACCAAAAAACAGCUGAAGAACUUCAAGCCGCCGAAGACAAGGUUAACCAUUUGAACAAAGUCAAGGCUAAACUUGAACAAACUUUGGAUGAACUUGAAGAUUCAUUGGAACGUGAAAAGAAAUUACGUGGUGAUGUUGAAAAAUCAAAGAGGAAGGUAGAAGGUGACCUUAAACUUACCCAAGAAGCUGUUGCUGACUUAGAACGCAACAAGAAAGAACUUGAACAAACUGUUCAACGUAAAGACAAAGAAAUCUCAUCAUUGUCUGCCAAAUUGGAAGAUGAACAAUCCCUUGUUGGCAAAACACAAAAACAAAUCAAGGAAUUGCAAGCUCGCAUUGAAGAACUUGAAGAAGAAGUUGAAGCUGAACGUCAAGCACGUGCCAAGGCUGAAAAACAACGUGCCGAUUUGGCCCGCGAACUUGAAGAACUUGGUGAACGUCUUGAAGAAGCUGGUGGUGCAACAUCUGCCCAAAUUGAGCUCAACAAGAAACGUGAAGCUGAACUCAGCAAACUUCGUCGUGACCUCGAAGAAUCUAACAUCCAACAUGAAGGUACAUUGGCUAACUUACGUAAGAAGCACAAUGACGCCGUAGCUGAAAUGGGAGAACAAAUUGACCAACUCAACAAAAUGAAAGCCCGAGCUGAAAAAGAAAAGGCCCAAUACUUCGGUGAAUUGAACGAUCUCCGUGCUGGAGUUGACCAUCUUGCAAACGAGAAGGCCGCUGCAGAAAAGAUUGCUAAACAACUUACACAACAACUUAAUGACGUACAAGGCAAAUUAGACGAAACCAAUCGCACACUUAAUGACUUCGAUGCCGCCAAGAAGAAGCUUUCAAUUGAAAACUCUGACUUACUCCGUCAACUCGAAGAAGCCGAAUCACAAGUCUCCCAACUUUCAAAGAUCAAGAUUUCAUUGACCACACAACUCGAAGACACCAAACGUCUUGCUGAUGAAGAAGGUCGUGAACGUGCUACUUUACUCGGCAAAUUCCGUAACUUGGAACACGAUUUGGACAACCUUCGUGAACAAGUUGAAGAAGAAGCUGAAGGUAAAGCUGACUUACAACGCCAACUCAGCAAAGCUAAUGCUGAAGCUCAAUUAUGGAGAUCUAAAUACGAAUCUGAAGGAGUUGCCCGUGCUGAAGAACUUGAGGAAGCUAAACGCAAGUUACAAGCUCGUCUCGCUGAAGCCGAAGAAACAAUUGAAUCACUCAACCAAAAAUGCUUGGCUCUUGAAAAGACCAAACAACGUCUUGCCACAGAAGUUGAAGAUUUAUCACUUGAAGUUGACCGUGCCACCGCUAUUGCCAAUGCUGCUGAAAAGAAACAAAAAGCAUUCGACAAAAUCAUUGGUGAAUGGAAACUUAAAGUUGAUGAUCUUGCUGCUGAACUUGAUGCCAGCCAAAAGGAAUGCCGUAACUACUCCACUGAACUCUUCCGUCUCAAGGGAGCUUAUGAAGAAGGACAAGAACAACUUGAAGCUGUCCGCCGUGAAAACAAGAACUUGGCUGAUGAAGUCAAAGACUUACUCGACCAAAUUGGAGAAGGUGGCCGCAACAUCCAUGAAAUUGAAAAAGCAAGAAAACGUCUUGAAGCCGAAAAAGACGAACUUCAAGCCGCUCUUGAAGAAGCUGAAGCCGCUCUUGAACAAGAAGAAAACAAAGUACUUCGUGCUCAACUCGAAUUAUCUCAAGUACGUCAAGAAAUUGACCGCCGCAUCCAAGAGAAAGAAGAAGAAUUCGAAAACACACGCAAAAACCACCAACGUGCAUUGGACUCAAUGCAAGCCUCCCUUGAAGCCGAAGCUAAAGGUAAGGCUGAGGCCCUUCGCAUGAAGAAGAAGUUGGAAGCUGACAUCAACGAAUUGGAAAUUGCUCUUGACCAUGCCAACAAAGCUAACGCUGAAGCACAAAAGAACAUCAAACGUUACCAACAACAACUUAAAGAUGUUCAAACCGCUCUUGAAGAAGAACAACGUGCCCGCGAUGAUGCUCGUGAACAACUUGGUAUUUCUGAACGUCGUGCUAACGCUCUUCAAAACGAACUUGAAGAAUCUAGAACACUUUUGGAACAAGCUGACCGUGGCCGUCGUCAAGCCGAACAAGAAUUGGCUGAUGCUCAUGAUCAAUUAAACGAAUUAUCAGCACAAAAUGCUUCAGUUUCUGCUGCCAAGAGGAAACUCGAAUCAGAACUCCAAACCUUACACUCCGACUUAGAUGAACUUCUUAACGAAGCUAAGAACUCAGAAGAAAAGGCCAAGAAAGCCAUGGUUGAUGCUGCCAGAUUAGCUGAUGAGCUCCGUGCUGAACAAGACCACGCACAAACUCAAGAAAAAUUACGAAAGGCUCUUGAAACACAAAUCAAAGAAUUGCAAGUACGAUUGGAUGAAGCCGAAGCUAACGCACUUAAAGGUGGAAAGAAAGCAAUCCAAAAAUUGGAACAACGUGUACGCGAAUUAGAAAAUGAACUUGAUGGAGAACAAAGACGACAUGCUGACGCACAAAAGAACUUACGUAAAUCAGAACGUCGCAUCAAGGAAUUGAGCUUCCAAUCUGAAGAAGACCGCAAGAACCACGAACGUAUGCAAGAUCUUGUAGACAAACUUCAACAAAAGAUCAAAACAUACAAGAGGCAGAUCGAAGAAGCAGAAGAAAUUGCUGCUCUCAAUCUUGCCAAAUUCCGAAAAGCACAACAAGAAUUAGAAGAAGCCGAAGAACGAGCUGACUUAGCCGAACAAGCUAUUUCCAAAUUCCGUGCAAAGGGACGUGCCGGAUCUACUGCCCGUGGUGCUAGCCCAGCGCCUCACCGAUCGUUGGCUCGACCACAAUUGGACGGAUUAAGCUUCCCACCUAGGUUCGACCUCCAUCCCGAAGGGGAAAUCUAAAAACAUCACAUUUUACCUUUUAUUUUUAAAAAGGCUAUUGUAUAUUUUGAACAAAAAAAAAUCUUUAUUUUAAUUUUGUGUUAAAACGAAAUUAAUCCAUAACCAAUCUUUUUUUCAUAUCAUUUUUACUCAUAGAUUGGUUUCUUAAAUAAAAAAACAAAAAAGCAU